GGCCGUCCGAGGCGCCGCAGUGCGCGGCGUCGCUGUGCCGGUGCGCGCGCCGGGUCGGGGAAUGCGCGCCGCACUGGUGCCGCCGCUCCUCCUCCGGCCCCCCGUCGUUCCGCUGCUACUGCUGCUGCUCGUGCUGGGCGGCCGGUGGACGGCCACAUCGUCGCUCACGGCCGAAGACGACGACGUCGAGCGCGAGGAACGCGCGCUGCACUACCGCGACCAGCCCGGCGGCGGCGGCGGCGGCACGUCUUCGUCGCCGUCUCCCGAGGAUGAGCCCGAAGAGUUGCUCAUCGCGGGCUUCUUCCCGACGACGUUGAACUUGAGCGAGGGCGCCAUCGGCCGCGGAGUCGUGCCCGCGGUCAACUUGGCGCUGCGACACAUCAACAGCAGCCCGCACUUUCUGCCGGGCUACAAGCUCGACAUCAUCUGGAACGACACUAAGUGCGACCCAGCGGUGGGCAUGAAGGCCCUGUUCGACAUGAUCGACAAGCGGCCAAAGAAACUGGUGCUGUUCGGCGCAGCAUGCAACGCCGUCACCGACCCCAUCGCCAAGGCGUCCCAGUUCUUCCAGCUCGUUCAGCUGACUUACGCCGACACGCACCCGAUGUACACCCUGGAGAACUACCCGAACUUCUUCCGGGUGGUGCCGUCCGAGUCCGUGUUCAACCAGGCCCGGGUCGCCCUGCUCAAGCACUUCAACUGGACCCGGGUCGGGACGCUGUACCAGACCAAUCCACGAUACGCACUGCCGCACAGCCGCCUGCUGACAGUGCUGGACUCGGCGAACAUCCAGAUCGACGAGGUGCAGGGCAUCGGCGAGGGGGACGACAUCGAGCACGAACUUGAGAAGCUCAAGGAAAAAGACGUGCGCAUCAUCUUGGGCAACUUUGACGAGUUCUGGGCCCGAAAGGUCUUCUGUCAGGCCUACAAGAUGGGCAUGUACGGCCGCAAGUACCAGUGGCUCAUCGGAGCCAUGUACGCCGACCGCUGGUGGGAGACGCCGCAGCCGGACGUCUCGUGCGAGCCGGCGCAGAUCGUCGAAGCCGUGGAGGGUUACAUCGGCACCGACCUUCUGCCGCUCAGCACCAGCGAGAACAUCACCGUCUCGGGCUUGACGCCGACGGAGUACGAGGCGGAGUACAACCUGAUGCGCUUCAACGAGUACUCGCGCUUCCACGGCUACGCGUACGACGGCAUCUGGGCGCUGGCGCUCUCCAUACAUGCGGUCAUCGUGCGGCUUCGAGCCAACGACACGCGCAUCUCAGAGUUCGACUACCGCAAGCAGUGGUGGGGACGCCUCUUCAAGGAGGCGCUCAACGAGACCAACUUCAUCGGCGUCACGGGUCCUGUGCGCUUCUUUCGUAACGAACGGAAGGGCCAGGUCCUCUUGAAGCAGUUUCAGAAAAAUCAAGAGGUGAAGAUUGGCGAGUACGACUGUCUCACAGAGACCCUGGAUUUAAGCAAGGGUCUUUCCAUCAUCUGGCGAGGCGGCUCCGACCCGCCCAUGGACCGGACGCUGAUCGUGAUCCAGAGGACACGGGUCAACCUAACCAUCUACGCCAGCCUGUGCAUCUUCUGCGUCCUGGGAAUCAUACUCGCCUCCGUGUUCCUCGUCAUCAACAUCAAGUUCAGGAACCAGAGGUACAUCAAGAUGUCCAGCCCGUACCUGAACAACCUGAUCAUCGUGGGCUGCAUCCUCACCUACACCAGCGUCAUCCUUCUCGGAAUGGACUCUGGUUUUACAUCGGUCGCCAACUUUCCUUACAUAUGCGCGGCGCGGGCCUGGGUCCUCAUGUCGGGGUUCACGCUCGCGUUCGGCGCCAUGUUCAGCAAGACGUGGCGAGUACACGCAAUCUUCACGAACAUAAAGCUCAACAAGAAGGUGAUCAAGGACUACAAGUUGUUCAUGGUGGUCGGAGUGUUCCUGAUGCUCGACGUCAUCAUCCUGACCACUUGGCAGAUCGUCGAUCCCUUCUACCGUGAGGCGCGUCGCGGACAGCCUGUGGCGUCGCAGGGCAACGAGGACGUGUCGGUGAUUCCAGAGAUGGAAUUCUGCCAGAGCCACAAGAUGACCAUCUUCCUGGGCUCAAUAUACGCCUACAAAGGACUGCUCAUGGCGUUCGGUUGCUUCUUGGCGUGGGAGACCCGUCACGUGAGCAUACCGGCGCUCAACGACUCCAAAUACGUGGGCAUGAGCGUGUACAACGUGGUCAUCAUGUGCACCAUCGGCGCGGCCAUCUCGUUCGUGCUGCGCGACCAGCAGGACGCCGCGUUCAUUAUCAUCUCAGUGUUCAUCAUCUUCUGUUCCACCACCACGCUCUGCCUCGUGUUUGUACCCAAGCUUGUGGAGCUUCGGCGCAACCCGCAGGCCGGCGAACACCGCGUUCGGGCCACCCUGAAGCCGCUGAAGAAGUCGAGGCGAGAUUCGGACGACGAAAGCCUCUUCACCAGGAUCAAAGUGCUGCAGGACGAGAACAUGCGAUGCAGGCAGCGACUAGAAGAGAAAAACAUUGAAUUGCAGUCAUUAUUGUUGAAGCUAAAAGACGUAGAGCCGGUGAUAGUCGUCACGCAUGACGCCAUUACGACGAUUCCAGAAGUUAGCUCACCUUCCCAACUCGAAACCUCAGAGCGUGAAAACAGCAAAGAGGAUACGACGUCUAUAAUCUCCAUCAGGUCUGUAACUGAAGAGGACAACUUUAUGGAGAUAUCGGUGAAAAGGAAGCUCUCGACGGCGUCGCUUCAGGGCAGCCCGGCCGCCCUGGCCGCCAUGGGUCGCGGCGGCGGAGGAGCCAGCCGGCAGCAGCGCAGCGGCAGUGUCCAGCUGCGCCUCACGCAGCACCACCACCAGCAGCACCAGCAGCCCAUGCAUAGCGUGUCACCGUACGGGGGCGGCAGGGAGUCGCACCACCGCGCUCUCGCCAACGGGCUCGCCCUGCACGCCGACAGGGCCGCCUCCUCGGACGCCCCGGAGGCCAGCCCCCAGCAGCAGCAGCAGAUGAGCGUGCGGCGGCGGGCCAAGAGUCUCGGAGCCCUGCGGGGCCCCGAGCAGCCGUCGUCCUCGCACCACCAGCAGGCCACGUCCCCGUCGGGCGCCGCCACGGUGUCGCUGAUCGAACCCGACGGCGCCCCGCUGCUGCCGUUCCUCUUCAGCCGUAUGGUGCAGGACAGGACUGCCCUCUACUCCAGCUACCCAUCCAUCAAGUGUGAUAUCGUCGAGUACUUAUGAGGAACGCUCCUAGCCUUCGCGUCCUCGUCUCGACCGCUCAAAAUGUGAAAAAACCAAGGGGAGGGGGAGGGUGUCCGGCCCCGUCCACUCGGCGCAAUAUGCAACGUGUCUCGUUUCCCUCGCUCUCUGUGCUGUGUGGUGGUGGCCCACUCGCCGCGCCGUGCCGAGGGAAAACUCCAGGGAGGGAGAGAGAGAGUCGUGGAACUGCCUCCGCCUACGCCGCCACCACCGCCUCCUGCGGGAGGGCUGUGUUCUUCGGCUGUGGUUUCGGCUGCAUGCCGGGCGCCAGUGUAUAGUAGUGGUAGUGUUUGUAGGGUUCUCGCCAACAAGGCGAAGAACAGGUGCUCAAGGGCGGGAGGUCAUGGCAGGUGAGGAGUGUAGAGGAGACACUGCGACGGCGGUGAAGCUGUGAGGAUCGCAUUGUGUGCAGAAUCUGGCUGGAGAUUCACGAGGACGGAGGAAUGGCAGGAAAGUUGUAGUUCGGCAGGUUAAAGAGAGUGAGCAAUACUUUCAGUCACGAAUUUCAAGAAAGGGAGGCGGAGACGACUGGAGAGCGCAGAAACCGUUUCCACGGUGUUAAAGACGCAAACGACGAACGGAGCCAUUUCUUUUGCGGCGGCCGUAACAGAGCUUUGUCCGAGGCUUAAAACUUCUUUUGUAAAUGCUCUUGCCAAUAUUUCACACUGAAAGUCCUGUUUUAAAAAUAAGAAGUUAAACACACAAAGAUAUUUCUUGUCCAAGGAUUGUUUACAGAAUCACUUAUCUUCUCCCUUUGAAAUGAUAGCUCAAAGUGUGCACAUUGCUUUUGUGCUGUUUCGCCAGUUUUGUUGUUGUUGCCUUCGAAUCUGCUUAUUCUGACUGAUGGUCCAUAGCACAGCGUCCUGUCGACAGGAUUUCAGUAGGCAAAUGCCAGGGUCGCCGCUAAAUAUCACGACUUUAAUUUUCAUGUCUUCUGCUACUACGUCAGCCCGAUUAAAUUUUGUGCAGAUGACAAGUUCGAGAACUUUCAGUCCUACGUGGCCACCUUUAUGCAGGAUAAACAAUCGCUACUGCAGCCCGGAAGCAAUCAAAACCAUCAUUACCGAGCCGCAUGGACAUCGUGAGUACUUUAUCUAAAAGUGCAAAUAUGGUACAUUGGCCCUUGUGGUCACGUGUCUUGCUUCAUCCGCCUGGCUUCAGCCGCCUUUGAGAGCUGUUCUCGCAAUGCCGUCUUUCUUUCUGAGUGGUGGACACGACUUGGUCCAUAACAGACAGGAGUGACCCACUUGCUCGCAGUGGACAACAACCAGAGUACGAACAAUUGUAAAUCGUAGACGCGUCUUGCUGCUGGACUCCGAAGACAUAGCAUCAUUCUAACGGACGAACCUGAUCAGGUAGUGCGGUGGACAGGUAUAAGGUGAUGUUUCUGUUUCACCUCGAAAGAGUUGCUGUCCGUCGGCACAGGUGUCGGCACUUGCUGUUGCUGGAGAUUGCUCGGAAAAAACACAUGUGAAGAAGUGUGGAAAACACAGGUUAGCUCACCUGUGUACACUUCAAGAUGUCGGCGUAUCCGUGGCGUGUUGAAGCGAAGUCAGGAAUGAGGGGUUUCCCGAGUGAACGAUCUUUACACGCGUCUGCCGUUGGUACUGCCACAACUCUUGAGCGGUGGUGUAUUGGUUCUUUCUUCAAACCCGGCUCACACAGUACAGUGUAACGAGCCGGGAGUGUAGCCGUUGUUGCGGCAUACAUGUACAAGACCUUUGCAAUCAGUGUACGUUCGGAAAUGUGUACGAGAGCCCCCGAGACAUUGACUUUCCGGUCAGAGUCGGAACGCCGGUGGCCGUAUUCUCUCACCGGCGCCGACGUUAGUUUUUACGAAACUGGGAUUUGUACCUUGUUCUCCAUAUAUAGGCUCGGCAAAAGCGAAAAGGUUUACAUACCGUACCCUGCGUCGCGAACACGUGAUGUGAAAGUCACCCACCGUUGGGCAAGCGUUGACCCCUCUCCUCAUCCAGCCUUACACUUCCCAUUCCCGAUGGCCAUUCUGUAGUUCUUCACUGUGGAUGUUGAUACGCUUUGAGCUUGAGUUCGCGAAACUGUCGUUAGCCGCUAGAAUUGAGCAAGCUGCUUCACGAGAUAGCCGUUUGAUCACGCGGCAUUCGCGCUGAGCACGUCGGCACCCGAGCAGCCGCUGCAGUUCGGGUUCACACAACCAACACGACAGGACGCGUCAGUCCGUUUUUGUAUUCCGUGAGUCCUUCUGCCGUUCAGUAUGCGAAAAGAUUUAGAGCGCUGGUUCUCUGAGCGAAUACAUUACGUCACCAAAGUUCUGUAUACGAGGAAUGGUCGUAUGUGAAGGUGUCAGGAAGGCGUGUAGACGUGGGCAAGCGGGGAUACUGAGGCGAAGACUUGUUGUAGUAACGGAACAACCUAAGCUGACGGGCCUUCGGCUUGAACGUGGAAGCGAUGCGGACCCUCUUGUAUAUUGUUAGUGCGCGCCAGUGUAUUGCUCGUGUUAGUCUGUGAUUGUGUGUACAUGCGUGCAUGUAAGCGCGCUCAGCUGAGUUCGUGCGUCGUUAGCGUUUCCAGCCUUCGCAAAUUUACGCGUCGGGCCGGUAGAGCGCAUAGUUUGUUUAUACGUCGCCGUGCAUGCUCUGGCCAGUGAAAAGAAUGGUUCGCACUUGUUUAAACGAGCGAAGGGCCAAGACUAAAGUUUGAAGUAUAUGGUUGAGUACACCGUACAGCUACAGCGACGAUUCUGUAGCUGAUGGUGCCCCUCUCCGACUCUACCUUCAGCAGGACACCUCAUUCAAACUCUCGGAAAAAAAAGAAGCAAACGAAAUGAAUUUAAAGUGUGACAACGCCUGCUCCAGCGCAAGUAGUUAAGAAUGAGGAUUUGCAGAAAUUUCAGUAGCAAUGUGGAAGAAAACAAAUAUACAGUAAAGAAUAUACCAUAAAGAAAAGCUUAUCAACACGAAUGGCGAGAUGAUCACAAGAGUGAAGGCAGGAACCAGCCUAAAAGAGAGUUAUAUCCAAACAAUACAGGUACGAUUAUAAUGGCCUGAAUGUGGCUAUGCCUGGAAACAUGAGUGGCAUAUCUCGUAUGUAUUCUGUCUCUACCGUUGUGGAGGUUGAUUGCUCAGAAGUAUAUAAUUCAGACAGGCGCGCACUGCGUUUAAAUUCUUCGAAACCCCGUUGGCAGGCGCAUGGUGCCAUGCAUGUAGCAUACCUGACUAGCCGUGAAGAUGAGCCAAGCCGAGCCGAGCACAAGUGGCACAAACAAAAACGAAACACGAGCAAAGCAUGGUGCGCCCGCCGGACGUCAUUUGCGAUCGCUCAAUCUCAUUCGCCACUGUCUCAGUCAAAUCUCUCAGCGCACGCUGUUAGUGUCGCGAGAAGUCAUGCUUCGUCCUUCCGAGUGCGUACUCCUGUGCACUCUGUCAUUCUGAAGGUCCUGUCGCGCUGUCCAGAGCAAGUGCGGCACGGUUUGAAAUAGUGUCUGCACUGCAGCCUCCGUUAACCCUGCUUGUUUCCUUUUUUUUUUUCGCUUUUCGAUAGGCGUAGAACUUGAGACACCUCGUAUCACAGAGAAAGCCUUUUGCAUAGUCGCGUCACGGGCAAGAAACGCUUUUCCGUUUUCACCGCGAACCUGCAGUUAGGUCUUAAGAAACGGUGUACAGUAAGGCCGAGUGUUCUCCCAACGCGCAGCCUACGAGUUGUCCAAGGUAGAGUGGCGCGCCCUUUCAAAGUCGACGGAAAGACAUGGAAACUCGAAAGACCCUUGUAGGUAGACCAUUUAUAAAAUGAAUUUCGAAAUAAAAUCUGGGUUUUUGCUCGCUACAACAGACUCGGUGCGUCGCCUGCAGCCUGACUUUUCCUUGGUUUUCCAAAAUGCGAUGGUUUUCAAGAGAACUAUUUCGCUUUGACAUCUCGGUUGCUUUCGAUUUCUGAUGCUCGCAAAAGGGCCGACGAAACUCGUUCUUUGCAGAUGAGGAAACUCUCGUCUUACACACGGGAUGUACGGCUAAUCAAAACGCAUACACGCGCUAAAGGUGUCAUCUCGGUGUCAUAACCAAUGUUACACUCGACUUCGCUGUGGGGUGAUUGCGCUGCGACCGAACGAAAGCCUCGUAUGCAGGACUCUUUUUACGAUCAUAUUUUUGCGGGUGCUCUAGACUGAGCAUCAUUUCAACGUGAGAGCUGUUGUCUAGUGGAUGCCUUCCGUAGCUCUUAUUGUGAACUUCGGUCGAAAAUUAAUUAACUUGCAAGACGUUGCAAGUUUUGUCCACUUAUUCAUGAUUAAGAAUGAACCUACCUGUAGUCGGUGAAUCAAAAUAUAAAGCCAAUUUUCUUUUUACUCUUGUCUUCACACAAAGUUAAAAUGUAGCGCUUUUGUUUCGAUGUUUUAAAAUCGCGUGAGACUCAGCUUUAAAGAAAUCGAUCAAAGUAUGUCAUCCCAAGCGUUAACCGACCGCACUAUAGCUUCGGCACCCAGCCCCGACGACCGCACUGGCGAAAUCUUUGCACAGGCUUGUUCACUGAUGUCAUUUGAACCCGGCUUCAAUGGAAAGCGGCAUCUAGUAUUCACUCUGCGUCAUUCGAUCGAUUCAGCGUUCCUGAUUAAUAUUGAUUCGUCGAAAUUCGGAGUCGGCAAGCGCGAAAACAAAUGGUUGUCUGCUUGACAGUAUAAUCACGUUUAGUUUGUCGCAGGUGUGUCGUGAAAGUGUUUGACUCCGUGAUCGGCUGCAGUCACGUGAUUACCACAUUGUAACUCGGUAACCUUAGACAGGAGCAGGGCCGGAUAAGCGAGCUUUUACCUUGCGUUCAGUUUUGGGUGACCGCGAUCGGAGUUAGUCAUUGCACAGCAAUUGCGAUCGUCAUGUUGCUUGCGAACUUGUAAGCCAAAAUUACAACAGAAUCACAUUUGAAAGUAUACUGCCUAGUGAGCUUGAAUUGGAAAUUAAAAAAAAAAGAGUGGAAAGAGUGGAAAUUAAGAACAGACUGAGCAACAAACCUCCAACAAAAAACUUCGUCCGUGUAAUCAAACUUGAGCACAGUCUAGACAUCGCUACGCUUCUGCGGUAAUAGUUUUGGCUAAGCAAGCGAGGUACAUUUGCUUCACCACUAAACCGUACUGGCCUUUCCUAACUAACCGUUUAAAUUGUAUUUCAACAGUGCGCCAACCAGACCAAAUUGACGCGAAAAUCGUCAAGAGCGGCGCACGUUUUGGAACAAUGCACAGGUAUUUUGCCAGAACUUUCGCAGACAUUGAUCUUUAUAGCUGCUCCGUCGCAACUUCCAGGCUGAACGCUUGUUCGACCUUGCGCUUAUAACUUAAUAAACCUCGCAACUAAGACGAAACUGUCGGCUAAACUAGUUCUCCGAGACUUCUUGAAGAACGCAUUCGCCAGUGCGUGAGACGUCCAGCUCUCUCGUUAGUAAAUUUCAAAUCCUACCUCCCGUACUCCAACGAUAAUUGCAAUGCGAGCAUGUUCAGAAAUGAGUGACAUAGAGGCGCACAAAUCAGCAAAGCAGGUGUAGCAGAGCCCGCUGUACAAUAAGUGAACUUCAGGAUCCGUAUUCACAAAAAUAUCUUACGCUAGAGUUAUUACGAGAAAAUUUCGACCAUUGCUGACUCUGCACUAGCGAAGAUGACCGACCAUUGUCAAAGGAUUAGACAUUACAACAAAUCGUAGUGUAGGAACACGCCGAUGGAUGGCAGAAGUGAUGACAGACAAGCGCUAACUACCGACGAAGCUUUCAGCGAGCCGUGUUCGUACUAAAAAUACGCCGCCAUUUGGCAUGCGUGAUUUAUUUUUCUUGAUUAAGUCAACGCGUUACCUGAAAGUUAUGGUUCUCGCACAUCUGGAAAAAAAUGCCGCGAUGCUACUUCUGCCUUUAUCAUUUCACGUGCAAGCUUGUCGCGUCUUCUGCUGACAAAACUACGCUAAGCCACGCCUACACUACACAAAACUACACUACACAGCCACGCGAACUGCACUCGGAAAGCAAGCCAUCCAUUGCGCGCAUCUUAUCUCGGAAGCGCUCCAGUUGAGCGUGGCAAAAGCAGCUCGCUUGAUCCGGCCCUGCCUGGUCUCCAGAGAUCCCCGCUCCCCUUAUCCCACCAUCGAAGGCGUUUUCUCUUUCCUUCGGUGAGACAGACACACACACACACACACACACACACACACAGAUCGUGCGCUCCGUACCUGACAAGAGAGUCGUGCGCUUGCUUCGACACGCCCCCGUGCGGCGAGCGCACCCAAUUCGCGUGCCACCCCUUCUCAUUUAUGGGUCACGUGACUGAGUGACGUGCGCUGAGGAAGACACGCAGGAGAGCUGAAUAAACCGACCCCGUCGCGCGCACUGAGCUCGUGUGCGGUUUCAAACGGCUCCGCUGCGUCUAGCGGUUUUUCUUUGUUAAAAAGCAACUUUGAGCACCCAGCAUGGCCGCACACACGGCCGCACAUAUGGUUCAACCAGCCGCUCGCUUUGUUUGUUUGUUUGUUUUUUUGUGUGUUUGUUUGUUUGUUUGUUUGUUUGUUUAAUAGAAGCUGUAGCAUGGCUCAGAAUAUUACUUUCUUCUCAAUGUAAGGAAAGGAGACACAGAGAAUUGUUCACUGAGCUAAGCGCCUUCAUAUCAGCAUCAUUCAUUCCACUGGAACUGCACCCGCAGCUGGCCUAUAGCAGAGGUGACUAAAGAGCGGUCUUGAGUUGCGUGGUUGUCCACGUCACCUCUGAAGGCCUUCAGCACUCGCAUCGAGUCAAGUAAACUUGUGUAAAAUGACGGCUCGAGCUCCACUUGAAGAGCGGGAGUCGGAAUAUACACAAGCCUUAUAGCUUAGUACGGUAAGCCCCGCACACGCAGCUUUGAAGUGAGCUGUCAGUUUAAAAGCAAUCUCACCUCGUCUUUGUUUGCAGAAGGCAUCAUUUUCCUUUUUCUUCCUGUACUUUUUGCUCUUUUUUUUUUUGCACAAGGUUUUCAGUGGCCCUUGGCAAUAUGUCUGUACCACCAGACAGAGGAACCACAUGCUAUGCAUUGAAAGUGCUCAGGGGUUCCAGAAUUGUUUUUUUUUUUCAAUGCUACCUUCUUUGAGUGCGAAGAUGGCGAGGUGUGCUUGAAAACUUAACUAUGAGCCCCCUUAGGCCUAAGUAACGAAAGCUCGUUAAGUAAAAUCAUUUUGCCAGGCUCGGCUGUGUCCUUGUUAUCCUUCGAACUCGAUUUUGCAAGUAUGAAGCAAAAAUAUAUCCAUCAGCUGACACGUCCAUCAGCUGACAAGAAUUCUAAGGUAGAAACUGCGAAAGGGUACAUAGCUUGCAGGUAAAUAAAGGGGGGGGGGGGGACAGUACGAGAUAUUUCUCUGCCAACAGGUUCAUUCUGCUCUCCGACGUGUCAGUAUGCCGUAAUCAACUGGUAUCUUUGCGGCGCGUGGCUCUAGUGUUUAUUUUCUGUGCAAGACAACUAGCGCAACCGUCGAACGCGGUCGAUUACGUAGCAAGAGUCCCGCACACCCAAUUGCAUGCAUUUUGAGUGAGGCCAGUUGCACAGCUUUUUGUUUUGCUACUGUGGGUUACAAUAAUUGUUCCGACCAAGGAGCUUACCCUUGGAGCCAAUAUUUAGCCGCGUACACAAGUAACAACUACGAAUAACGACCUAAUAAUAAAAGAAAUAUCGUUUUGACUUGAGUAAUCACAUUAAUCUCAAGACAAAACAAAACAUUUUUGGACUGUUUGUUUGUUUCUUUGUUUCUUUCAUUCUUGCUAACGUUAGUUCAACAUACACGCAGGAAGCAAGCAAGUGAAAGAAUUGACAUAAGCAAGAAGAAAAAAAAUGUCACAUUGCCAAAUUCCUCUUAGUGUGCAGUUUAUUUGAUUAUCAUCGUCGCAGCUUAUCUGCUGAUUUGUGCGGUAGUCUGAGUAGCUUUGUGGCCCUCCAAACAGCACGACGUAACAAGCAGCGCUACGGCACAAACAUAACCUACUAUGCUGGCAACCCGUUUCGGCCAUCAUGUUUGUUUUUUUAUCUCGGAUUUCUGCUUCCUUUUGCAUCUCAUACCAAACUUCUUUUGGUCGAUCUCGAACAGCUUUGACACCAUCUUUCAGAACCCCGCUUAGAUGGCACAGUUAGCUACUUCUCCAGGCAGCCUGCCGGUAUUGGGUCUCACGGGUGUUCUGAACUUGGUUUUGCGCUUGUCGACCCAACAGCUGACUAUCUCCAUGUUUAAGAAUUUACGCAUCCAACGCAACCAUAAGCUAUCCCACAGAAAGAAAAAUGAAGUUUUAAUGUGGUUAUCCGCCACAGGAGCGGAUGAAAACAUGCGAAACGCUAACGUGGCUACUACACCCUUCGUCAAAAUUUUCCAGGCCGCUGCUCGGUACCGUCCGUUCAUGGCCAAAUCCUGGGUCCUGUAGGGCGAUUCCGCAGCUCCAAAACAGGAGGGCCAUUUUGGAGGACCGUAAUGUUCCAUUUUCCAAGCUGAAGAGGCGCCUGAGACAGUCUAAGUAACAACUACGCCAGUAGGGUACGGUGAACAAUUUUCCCACUCGCCGAGCGCUUUCACAGCGUUUUGACUGUACGUGCGUUAUCAGCACAAUACUGGCGGCCGUCAUUCGCACAGCGUGUAUUUAUGUGACGUGUUAGCAGCGACAGAGUAAUGAACGAACACGGGCGCGCAAUAUGUAAUAGACAGGGCAAGACUUGCGGAUGAAAUGGGAAGAAUCGCUGUCCCCCCCAGCGAAUAGUGCGAGUGUAGGUGAGCAUGUUGGCGUUUAGAAACCCAGACGGGAAUUUCUGUAGGGCGUCAAAACAGCCUCUCUACCACGGAUUCCGGUAGAUUAUUGUGUCUUUCAAAAGCGUUGAGAUUUGAAAAAAAAAAACAAGGUGGCUAUUCCAGUGUUAGGCCCACACACAAAUUCUGGAGGAAGCGAACGAACAAGGCAACCCUGGAGUCACUGCUACAAGCUCGUUGCGUACGUUAGAUGCAUAAGAAAUGAGACACGAGGUAGCGCGAUGCUGUCUUUCUAAGUACAGAUGCUCGACUGGAGUGGACCAUUGCAUGCGGAGGUGUAGAUGUAUCUGCACAUCACCAGACAGUAAACCUAUUCCGCAAAAAUAAAGCCGUGUAAUAAAAACCCGCGUGUGCGUACCACAGUAUAGUAUUUAAUUUUAUUCUGUCUCUGCCCAUCCGCCUAAACCUUACUUACGCAAAGCAAGAACAAAAAGAAGGUAUUAUUAAAAGAAAACAACAGCGACAGAAUGCAUAGAGGUUUUGUGAAAAGCGUCGAGGUCAUUUUGCGCCGUCGUCAGCGCUAUUCACUAAGGUAGCCUACUCCGAAUAAAAGCUUGUACUUCAUAACCUCAAUAAUGAACAAUCCCGCAUUAUCAGAUAGUAUCCUAAAAUGAACAUAUUUGUAUUAUUUUGUGGAGUCGGUAAAUGCGAGGCAAUCCGGCAUAUCAUUUCCCAUAGCGCGCAUGACAGGGAUUCCGUUCUCUGAACACCGAGUACUCUUUCUAAAACUUGCGCAGCCUACAGCGCUGCCAGAUACUUGCCCUUACAAAAUUUAUUGUUAAUAUUCGGAAGAUUUCUACUGAGUUUCUAUAGCCUCCAAAACACUCUUCUUACAAAAGCUAUCGAAUUCCACCUAAACAUUUUCAAGAGUACAAAACACGAGGGUUAUGACUAGGUGACAAGACAGAACAAGUAAAUAAGAGCGGGAAAUUACCAGCUUUUGCGUAGCUCGUUCUACGGUUUGUCCAAUCGGGACGUUAAACGCAGGUCCAGCUUCAAAUGUCGUCAGGGACCAGCAGAAACCGUAUAGCACAGUCAGUCACGAGCGAAGUGGCUUCGAAACUUUCGACAAAGACUGCGAACUUAGCGUUCUCAGUCCGCGAAAGCUUGGCCGGUGAACAACGCCGGUGCUUUAUUGAUGCAUGGCUUACUCGUGUAUUUCCAUGAAAGACUAUCCAGUACGUUUGAAGAAAUUUAAACGAGCGAUUCGAUUGCAUGCAAUCGCUUUAAAUGCUCAGGACGUCCCAACGUAGUGACCACUGUUGUUGAUCUCAGGCAAAGGAAGAAGCGGUUUUUAAAACGGCAUCAUUAUGAAGUAAUAUGUGCUACCUACGUGUAUCGCAAUAAUAAGAUUAGCAUUACCGCUGCAGUGAUAAAAAAAAAGCGUUUUAUGACAUUGCAUGCAGUGCUUUCUUCUUUUUCUCUUCUUACCGUUGUUUCGUAACAUUUCUUACUGGACAGAUGGCAAAAAUCCAGGCGAGACAUCAAUCAUUUCAUUCUUGUUCUGACAUCAAUGGUGACAAUCUGCGCGGGAUCACUCAUCUGCCGCCUACCCCUAAUUUCCUUCCUUCAAGCCGACUCUUAGCAAAAGUUUCGAAUACCGCUGUAACCGCUUCUUUCUCUCUCUCCGUUAUUUUUUUUUUUUUUGACAUUCGAUUUUCAAAGUCCGACGUCCUUGUGGAGUUCAUACAUCUUGUGGGUGUAGGACGUUGAGAAGUCGCAUGGUUCAUCAGGUGGGCCAAAUCACACGCACGUGAAUAAGACCACGUGACUUCCGUCACGUGACCGCAGCGUCUCCGAAGAGUGAGCCUCGUCCGAACGUGUGUGUAGGAGCACGAAACCGCGCCGACGCAGUGUCCCCCCCCCUCCCCCCUGCACUCCACCGAUCUCCAUUUCUCGCUCUCUCGUUUCCUUUCCAGGCUCCCUCUCUCUUUCUGAAAAUGUACAAAUCGCCAGUAACGGUGGCGUCGAACUCGCAUAUAUAUACAUAUAUAUAUAAGAGUAGUACACGUUUACAUACACGAGCAUAAAUGCGCAUGCGCUGACACACAUGACACGUGACCUUUGUGUUCUCGUCGCGUUCUUUUCGAGCAGUUAAGCAGCGUGAAGGUUCGAGUAGCAGGCGGCAGUCGGCGAUUAUGUGUGCGGGUGUAUUAAAUGGCCGCGUUUGUGGAGUGCGCAGGCGUAUACAUAUACGUGUUGUUCUUCCGCCGGAAGAAUUUCUGGCGCGGCGCGUUGUAAGUAGAGGAAAGGGAAGAAGAAACCGCGCCGCUCUGCCACACCUUGUACAUACGACAUGGCCCAAAUGUUCAAGCGACGCCUUUGAUACGGUGUACCGCGCGCACCUUGUUUGACUCUGUAGAAAUAUCUUCUCGUUCGUUGUCUGUAGUUUGCGAGUGAGAGAAAGUUAAUAAAGAAAAAAAAACAGUAGGUGAGACGCGCGUAUUCGUGCGCUGCAUUGUUGUGACACCGGCGCGACACUAGUGCUACACCGGUGAAAAUAUCGAAACACGUUGAGUGUGGACAUGAUGGCCUGGAGUGAUGACCUGGAAGCCUGUACCGUGGCUACACUCCGCCCCUCAAAGCAACAUUUCGUGCGUGCAGAGAAUGGCAACCACCGAUGGUCCUGUUUCCUGAAAUCGGAGGGAGAAAAAAAAAAUAAAGCUCACCUUGACUCGCCUGUCUAUUGGGAUCGCUUAAUGUCUCCUAUUAUAACCUGGCGUGAGGCACCCUGAUAGAGUGAUCGGCUUGAGUGUACAGCAGAGUAAUUUUUUCUUCUAGCGCGAGGCUGCUCUUCGUCGAGUCGUCGUUGCAGCUGCUCUCUCUCGGUCGUUUCUCUCGUUACUAUUGCAAAGCAUUGAGCUCCUUGCCUUGGCGUUGCCAAAGCAUUUAAUAUGUCGCAGAAGUCAAAACGGUUGUGUAACUGCCGGAACCACAAGUAACAAGGCUCUCUAGAAAUAAGCGUCGUUCAAAAGUAAGUCGAGUAGAAGAAAUGUUGCAGGUCUUUCCCGGCGCCUGCACCUGAAGGUUUUGUGACCUGAGGGGAACUACAGUGCUGCCUGAAAAUCUCGAAAGUUGUGUGAUUGAUAUCCUAUUACUUGAAGCGACAAAACGUUUCCAGGCUGCUCUGGCGACUUCCUUUGAAAAUGUACGUAUCAAGUGAUCAAAUCUUUAUUUUUAUUUUCUUCAGUUUGGUGAGCAAAAGUAUACGGACCAGGGAUUGCGCGAUAAAGCUGAUUUUUCUCCUCUGCGUGCGAAUGUAACUCGAAAUUUAGGACUGUAGUCAAAACGUGGCAUCGCGAACUUUCCAGUGCACUCCUCAAUUUCACUUUAUGCACGUUAAUUACAAAGAAAUUCAGUUGUGUUUUGCUCAGUGACCUUGUGAUUCGCAUACUUAUGCCGCAUACACGCACGUACAGAGGUUCUAAAGAAGGUGAAGUAUUGAAGUCGCCGGCAGUUUCCUAACAAAGAAAACCUGAAAUGAAACCAGGCUGAGCCGCCAGGCUGCGGUUUACCCAGUUUGGCCACAGUGUGUGCCGAGUUAUUUGUGAGCACUCGAAUAACAAGAUGAAAGAUUCCUGCGCGUAGACUGCUUCUGCAACUGAAUCGCGGGAGUCGGGACAAUAGGGAGAGCUAUCGCUUCCCGAGUUGCAUUAAAAGCAGUCACUUCAUACGUUACACACGCUGUGCGCAUGAUCGAACGAAGAAGAUCAAAGAAAUACUGUCUGGUGGUGUUAUGUCGGCGCACUUUAGUCGCUCGUGCUUGGGCAAGUGAGAAAGCUGGUGAAGCAUACAUGUUUCGGCGAGAAUGCUGGAAUGUACGCAUUGCCGAGCCAAACCUGUGGAGUGUACCGAGUGAAAUGUUUUAUGAAACUUUUUGACACAGCUGCUGUUUAUGGGUUGCGACCAGUUUGUUGUGCCCGGUAGAAAUCUGUUCAUCGCUCCCGAAUAUCCUGUUGCUACCGUUUUUUGUCAUCUUUACCUUGGGUUUUCUUUCGCGAGUCAAGAUGUGAAGCUUACACUUUCGAUGGGUGCAAAGCCGCGUUUCAUUCGACGAAGAAAACGUGAAAAAAAAAGAAGGGUAUGUUGAUUUGAACUGUACACGAACGUCAAUAAACAGAGACUUGGUUGUUGCAAA